CUGCCAAUGGCUUCCGAUGUUUCUUCUCGUGACUUUUCUAGGAACACCUUUUCCCCAGUUAUCCUGCCCGUGACAUCUUCUCCGAUGCGCGCGAGAAUAUCAGCUUGAAGCCAGCUGACAUCGAGCUCGGUCAUGUUGUGCCCGUAGUUAAAUGCUCCAGCACGGUGCCCAUUGUACUGGCUGUCGCCGUCUCCUUCGUCUUCUCCCUCAGUAUCGUUACUAAUAACGGGUGGAUCAUGCAGCCGCGAUCAGCGCUCUUUCUGGCUGUUCUCGUUGCAGCAGUUCAUGGCCAGAGCCCGGGGCCAAUCGUCAACCUUGGUUACGCACAAUACCAGGGUGUAAACAAUGAUACUACUGGUGGUGCAUCUUGGUUAGGUGUACGCUACGCUGCACCUCCCAUCGGCCAACUCCGCUUCGCCGCACCUCAGGCUCCUGCCAAUGUCAAUGGCACACAGCAAGCCGCAAGCCAGCCAGAUAUAUGUCGCCAGGUGUACUCCUCCGGGACCGGCCCUACAUCUCCGUAUCUAAAUGUUACUGGGGUGAGUAAACGAGAUAGCACUACUCCACCCGAAUCGGAGGAUUGCUUGUUUCUAAACGUCUAUACCCCGGUUGAUGUUGGCAAGAACGCAACUGCCAGUCUUCCUGUUAUUGUGUGGAUACACGGUGGCGGUUACCUAUUUGGCGCCGCCUUUGGGCAAGCCGGAAAAGAUCUGGUUGAUGAGUCAGACAAUGGAGUCGUCGUCGUCGUGAUCCAAUACCGGCUUGGCGUAUUCGGUUUCCUCUCAGGAAACGAAGUUGUUGAAGGGGGAGGAGCUCUGAAUGCAGGCCUGUUGGAUCAAACAUUUGCCCUCCAAUGGGUACAGGAUCAUAUCGCCAAGUUUGGUGGUGAUCCUGCGAAGGUCACAAUCUGGGGCGAGUCGGCAGGCGCGGGAUCUGUACUGCAACAUAUCGUCUCGAACGGCGGAAACUCCCAGCCACCUCUAUUUCGUGCCGCCAUGACCAGCUCGACGUUUUUGCCAUCUCAGUAUGCCUAUAAUGAUAGCAUUCCCGAGGCCAUUUAUCAGCAGUUUGUCAAAGGGGUAGGAUGUGACAAGUCCGAAAUGCCAUAUGCGUGCCUAAGGAACGUGUCCGCCGACACACUUAACUCAGUGAACACUGAUGUCAACGUCAACGGAUUCUACGGUACCUUCACUACGGCUCCCGUCGUUGAUGGGAAGUUGAUUGUCGAGCGUCCUAUCGAGACACUCCUCAAGGGUAACGUCAACGGAGAAGUGUUGUUGGCUGUUAUGAACUCCGAUGAAGGCGCUAGCUUCGUCAACCCAAACGAGACAUACGCAGCGACGGAUUACGUCCAAAACGUCUACCCACACCUGUCCGCUGAGGAUAGGCAGAAAGUCGCAGAUGCAUACGCUAACUACACCAUCGCCGCCGGUGAAGGUGUACCUGUAGGCGCUGAGGUUACAAAGGCUAUCGGUAUCAUGGGCGAAUCGGUAUUCUACUGUCCCUCCUACUACCUUCUCGAGGCUUUCAACAAGUCUGGGAAGAAGGCAUGGAAAGGAUUAUUCGCAAUCCCCCCUGGCUACCAUGGCAAUGACGUCGAGUACUACUUCACUUCCCUUAGCGGCGGACCGCCAUAUAACAUACUUUCGUUUGUCGACUCCUUCUCCAAGUCAUUCUCAGGCGUCGCUAUCUCCCUCGAUCCUAACGCUCACGUCGACUCGAGCGACGUCACUCCUACUUGGAACACUUGGGCGCAAGGACACGUGGAGAUGAUCUUCAACAUCACGGAGACAAACCAGACCAACAUCGCGCCGAGAGUUACGGACCCGAGUAUCCUCUCGCGGUGCAGUCUCUGGCAAACGCUGGGUCAAUACACGGGGCAGUAG